CCGGAACAACCCGAGUUGCUCCUUCCCGUGAAGCAUGCAGAUGGAAAGCCCUGGGUACUAGGCUCCACUAUGUGGCAAGGGCAACUCUUCAAACACACAUUGAUCUUGACUAAAUGACGUACUCACCAUAUUGAAUAACUCCAUCACAGGGUUGUUCAAAAACCCUCGCAUCAGGGACGUUACUCAAACGCAGACUAAUUUGGCUUUCCUUUCCACUCCUUGCUCCCACUAACCCAUGAUCGGUAAAUCUGAAACUCUUUGUUACUCGAAGCCACUCCCACCCUUGGUUGAACGUCAUGAGUUACACGACGGCACGGAAAGAAGCCCUGGAGCUAUAUACCGGUGAGGAGCUACCGAGCAUUUACAACGGCUACGAUAAAAGUCCGGGCUUCGACAUGCUAGACACACCCACCACGCUUGUGCAUAGCAAAGAAAGGCAGUCGAACGUCGUCGACUGGCACGGCAACGACGAUGCGGUGAACCCCAGAAAUUUCCCUUUACGGAAGAAGAUGGUCAACCUCGGUUGCAUAUUCAUCAUGUGUUUUGUAUCUCCAUUCACAUCCUCUGUCGUCGCACCAGCAAUGUCAGAUAUAAUGAGACACUUCGCAUCAACCGAUGCCUAUCUCUCCGCCUUCGUCCUAAGCAUCUACGUCCUAGGCUACGCCUUCGGCCCUCUUCUCAUAAGUCCUCUUUCGGAGCAAUACGGUCGCCUCCCUCUGUACCACGGAUGUAAUGUCCUCUUCACCAUAUGUACCUUCGUAUGCGGCCGAGCCAGCUCCCUGAGCACCCUAGCCGUCUUCCGCUUCCUCGCUGGCGUGGGCGGUAGUAGCGUAUUCGCUCUCGCGCCAUCCAGCAUCGGCGAUUUCUGGGUGAAAGAAAAGCGCGGGGGUGUCAUGGCGUUGAUUGGCUUGGCGUAUAAUCUCGGUCCUGCGAUUAGUCCUACAGCGGGCAGCUACCUCAAUGCUGCAAGAGGUUGGCGAUGUAUCUUCUAUCUGACAAGCAUUCUGGGCGGGGUAGGCACGACGCUCAGCGUUCUUUUUUUGUCAGAGACGUAUGAGCCUGUUCUGCUUCGGCGAAAAGCUGCGAGACUGCGGAAACAGACGGGGAAUCAGGAGCUACGUGCUAGAUCUGAUCUGGACGCUGGAACGAGCAAAAUAGUCGCGUUUCGUACGGCAAUGGUUAUACCGCUUCGUAUGCUUUUCCUGUCUCGGCCGGUUUUCUUUACCUCGCUCCUCACGGCUAUCGGGUACGGAUACAUGUACAUCCUGUAUAUGACCAUCCCCACCACCUUCGUCGAGACGUACAAAUGGGCACCAAAAAAUUUGGGUCUGGCUUAUCUGGGUACUGCGGUUGGUAAUCUCAUUGGCAUGCUUGGCGGCGGUGCGAUUAGCGACGGUCUCGUCAAGCGGCGGGCACUUGAGGGCGACACGAGACCAGAGAACAGAUUACUACCAAUGAUCUUCUGGUGGCCGCUUGUGAGUGUUGGGUUGUUUAUCUAUGCUUGGACAGCUCAGUAUGGUGUGCAUUGGAUUGCGCCGUUGGUCGGGACGGCGGUGUUCUGUGCUGGAGCUAUGAGCACUAUCUUCUUCACAGGCACAUACAUCCUCGAUGCCUACCCACUCCACUCCGCAUCCGGCAUGGCCGCCUGCUCAGUCAUGCGCUCGCUCGUCGGUGGUCUCGCGCCUCUCUUCUCGCAUAAAAUGUAUCAGAAGCUUGAUGUGGGUUGGUCCUUCUCGUUACUUGCGUUCAUUGCCCUUGCUUUCGCGCCGGUACCGUGGGUGUUUUAUACGUUCGGUGAGAAAUGGUGUGCUAGCGAGCUUUAUGGGGGGAGGGGCGAGGAGGUUGUUGUGUUCGGACUGGGUAUCGUACUUCUUUCGGCAAUCGCGAGUGGCCAUCGCUCGGUCGCAGUACCAUGA